AGCGGCGAUAAGCUUCGGUUCUCCACUCGUCAGCUCUCUGUACACCAGCAGGCUCAGCCACAACGCUUUCUCUACGAUGGCCGAUCGCUCAUCUGAACAAGUAGUAUUCAGCAAGCCGAAGGUUGAGCUGCAUGUGCACCUGGAUGGAGCCAUCAGGGUGCAGACCAUUAUGGAUGUUGCCCAGAGGCGUGGUAUACCUCUGCCAGUGAAUACUGUGGAGGAGAUGAAGAAGAAGAUCAUUGUUGAAGAGCCUGGCACCCUCACUAGUUUCUUGGAAAAGUUCAACGAGUAUAUGCAUGUAAUUGCUGGAGACCGAGAGGCCAUUAAAAGGAUAGCCCGUGAGUUUGUUGAAGACAAAGCCAAAGAAGGAGUGAUUUAUGUUGAAGUUAGAUACAGCCCACAUUUUCUAGCUAACAGUGGAGUGAAGCCAAUUCCAUGGAACCAGGAAGAGGGCGACCUGAGCCCAGAUGAGGUGGUGAGACUGGUUAACGAGGGCCUCAGCGAGGGGGAGAGAGAGUUCAAAAUCAAAGCCAGGUCCAUUCUAUGCUGCAUGCGCCACAUGCCAAGCUGGUCAAAGGAUGUUGUGGAGCUGUGUAAGAAAUAUAAGGAUGAGGGAGUGGUUGCCAUUGAUUUGGCAGGUGAUGAGUCUCUCAACUGUGAAGCCAAUCCUGAACACAUGGAGGCCUAUGAGGAAGCGGUACGCUGUGGGAUCCACAGGACAGUUCAUGCUGGCGAGGUGGGGCCGGCCUCUGUGGUGAAGGAGGCUGUGGAAGUGCUGAAAGCUGAACGUGUUGGACACGGUUACCGCACUCUGGAGGACGACGACCUGUACAAAAAACUGCUGGCUCAAAACAUGCACUUUGAGACGUGUCCUAUUUCGAGUAAGCUAACAGGUGCCUGCAACGCAGACUUCACCACACACCCCGUCAUCACGUUCAUGAAAGACAAAGCUAACUACUCUCUGAACACAGAUGACCCUCUGAUCUUUAACUCCAACCUGCAUCACGACUACCAGACAGCACACCAACACAUGGGAUUCACCGAGGAGGAAUUCAAACGACUGAACAUUUGCUCUGCACAGUCAAGCUUUCUACCUGCCAAGGAAAAGGAAGAGCUGCUUAAAACACUCAAUGAGGCCUAUGAGAUGAUCCAGAGCACUGCCUUUUAACCCUGACCAGCAAUUCUGAGGAGAAACCUAAAGCAGGGACAAAUCACUCCGAGACCUUAAUCUUCCAUGUGAUGCAGUGGAACAUGUUUUUAGUCAUUUGUAACCCAACAAACAACAUACACAGAAUAUUACAUCAGAUAUGCUGUUUACCAAUGGGUAGCAUCCUUCAUCUUACAUACCUGUAUAUCAUCUGUUUGUGUAUUUAGCAACAUUGAAUCUGAUUACAAGGUGCAAGCACAAAAACCACAAAAAUCAAAAACUAUACAUAAUUUAAA